AUGAGGGCCGAAAACAAUGUGAUACGGAUUAUGUGGUCGGUACCGAAUGGGGCACUAUGCGAUGCAUUUUUAGUAAACUAUACCGUUUUAUCAUUAACUCAUCCGAAAUCUUAUUCGAUCGCCACUGUAGACGAGUCUACUCUGAUAAAGUUCUUUACCAAUCACACACUGGAUUUACGUGUUUUCUGUAUGCUGGCCGGGUCGCUAUCGAAAACUUGGUGGGCGCACAGGAUCGCUUAUUUGAAAAGCCCAUUAUCUGUUAACGGGUUGCAUGUGAUCUGGUCCGAAACGGACGAGUUUUGCAUAGCACGAGUAUCGAUCGAAUGGACCUGGCCUACCGUGAAGAACUUUGAUUUGUUUAAGAUAGUGGUUUCCUAUGGCAUCGGUAAGCAGGAAUGUCUGCGGGAGAAUCUGAGCGAAGUCGGACCAGUGAUACUCGAUAAGCUAAAGCCGGCCCAAAAGUAUCGUAUCGUCGUUCGGAACGAAUCCAUUGAGCUUGGAUUAAAAUCAAAAACCGCCGAACUUGAAACAAUUACUCCACCUCUUAUCUCUUCUACUUUAUUUCCCGGACCAAUAUCUUCGACGGCAAUCAAUAUAAAUUUUGCUGGAACUGACUUGGAACAGGGCAGAUUCGAUCACUACGAACUCGUACUCAUUGCUAAUAACAGUAGAAAUAUUACGAAACGGAUCGAAAAACAACAAGAGAAGUCAAUGACGUUCACAGAACUGAUUCCUGGUAAAACCUAUCAUUUCGCUUUAUUCACAGCCUACAAAGGCAUGCGAAGUCGUGCUGUCACUAAAUCUGUCACAACUUACCCGUUAAAAGUAAACGCUUUGUAUCCGGUAGUUGGCUACGAGUAUGUGGUACUUUAUUGGAAUGUGGAGAAUUAUGCUGAUUGUCGUUUUAGGCUAAGUUACAAUGCGGAUAAAGUUGGUACCGUGUCCGUCAAUUUAAAGGGCGUAAAUCGUCAUCGAUUUGAUGGUCUUCUACCGAAUAUCUAUUACACUUUCACCAUUACGGUAAUCAUGGGUGUUGGGAAAGCGACUGCUGAAAGUGAGAGCGAAAUGAUCACCGUCUAUGUUCCAAGACUUUGCGGUUUACUUUUCCCUUUUUCAAUGUUUUAUGUGUUCUCGUCAUUGAACGGUGCUCUCGAUAAUAUUGCGGUUAUUGUUUCCGACGACAUUAGUCUUAAUGAUGACGACUAUGAACUAAGGUCGUGGUUCGAGGUUAAAGACGAUGAAACGUGGGGAUCAUACAGGGCAUCGUCGUCAUUGUGGCAACCGUUCACAGAAAAUUCUAAUAGUGCAAAUUUUACGAUUGGAACCGAUGAUUGUCGGCGUCAAAGUUUUGACGAACCGUACUGUAAUGGUAUACUUAGAGCUAAUGUCGCAUAUAAAGUGAAACUUCGUGCGUAUAUGAACACAAAUGUGGCAAUGGAAAGUGACUGGAUUCAGAUUGUUGGUACUGAAGUAGAGAAGCCGGAUUUCGGGAAAAGGAAGCGACGUUUUCCCUGUCACAUGUAUCUGAAUGGUUGUCCAAGAAAAUCCGCUGCCAUCACGUAUAAGUUACCGACUGUUCUUUGUGCAACAAUCGUCCUAAGGCUGUUGAACUAA